CAUACAAAUGAUGUUUGAUUUAUGAGGAGAUUUUAUCAUAUUCUAGGUACAAAUUGUCGCCUUGAAUGAAGAAACAUCAGAAUUCCAGAGCAAGAGUACAUUUGAUCAUCCGUACCCAACAACCAAAAUCAUGUGGAUUCCAGAUAGUAAAGGUGUGUUUCCAGACCUCGUGGCGACAAGUGGGGAUUACCUGAGAGUGUGGAGAGUGCAUUCAGACACAGAAACACGACUUGAAUGUCUGCUGAAUAAUAAUAAAAACUCGGAUUUCUGUGCUCCGUUGACGUCAUUUGAUUGGAACGAAGUGGACCCAAAUCUCUUAGGUACAUCAAGCAUUGACACCACAUGCACUAUAUGGGGUCUGGAGACAGGGCAGGUGUUAGGAAGGGUAAACAUGGUAUCUGGACAUGUAAAGACACAGUUAAUAGCCCACGAUAAAGAGGUGUAUGAUAUCGCUUUCAGUAGAGCAGGGGGAGGACGAGACAUGUUUGCCUCCGUGGGAGCAGAUGGAUCUGUUCGAAUGUUUGACCUUCGACACUUAGAGCACUCAACCAUUAUAUACGAAGAUCCCCAGCAUCAUCCGUUACUGAGACUUUGCUGGAACAAGCAAGAUCCUAACUACUUGGCCACCAUGGCUAUGGAUUCUUGUGAGGUGAUCAUCUUAGAUGUGCGUGUUCCCUGCACACCUGUUGCUCGUCUCAGCAAUCACAGAGCCUGCAUCAACGGAAUCACAUGGGCACCACAUUCUUCAUGUCACAUAUGUACUGCAGCUGACGAUCACCAAGCACUUAUCUGGGACAUCCAACAAAUGCCCAGAGCAAUUGAAGACCCGAUACUGGCCUACACAGCGGAGGGAGAAAUCAACCAGAUACAGUGGGCUGCAACACAGCCCGACUGGAUUGCGAUCUGUUACAACAACUGUUUGGAAAUUCUACGAGUUUAAUUUUAGGGGUACUGUAUUCUCAGGUUUUUCACAUUGAAGUUUCUGGUUGUAAAUGGAUCAAAUGAUUAUUGUUAUAUCCAGUUAUCGUCACUCCAAAAAUUACUGAUUGUAUGAUUUUCAUUACGGUAUAAUGUUCUUGAUCAUAAUUCAUAGCAUCUGCUAACCAUGGAUCGUGGAGUUAAUCAAAAUACGGAGAAAUUAUUAUUAAGCAUAAUUAUUUAGCGCCCUCUCUUGGUUGAGGUGAUCAUGUGAUGGUCAUAACUAAUCCUUAUUCAUCAGAAGAUUGUUUUUAAACAUGUUCAGUUUUCCCAGGGUUUUAGAACCCAAGGUAAAAACAUUAGUCAAUUAUUCUGACCAUACUCUCAUAUAUAGCAGUUAUAGCAAUUGUGCUAUUAAAAAAUCAGGUAUAUCUAAUGAGGUGAAUUCACACUGAAUUUGAUUCAAAGGACUGUAAUUUGUAUACUGUAUUUAUUCGAAUAAAUGCCCCGGGCAUUUAUUU